AUGUUUCAAAGCAUAAGGCUAGCCAGACUAGGCCAUGGUUUCCAAUCUGGUCUUAAAUCUGGUUUUCAAUCCAGUAUUAGAAUGAUGAGUUCAAUGAAUACAACAUCAAUAAAUUUAAUAAAUCCAAUAAUGUUAAAUUCUAUGAUUAAACCAGCUAUAAAUAAUAUAACUAAACAAAGUAUCAUGACACAAAUUCCAUCAAUAAAUAAGAUUAAUAAAAUUAAUCCAGUUAAUCCAUUAGAUAAAUCUAAACAAGAAUCAAAUUUAUUUGAAAUUAAAGAUCAAGAACAAAGUGAUGUAUCAAUGCAAUUAGAUUCUGUUAUGAGAAAAAGAAGAUAUAAAAUUAAGAAACAUAAAUUUAGAAAAAGAAGAAAAGCACAAAGAGAAUUAAGAAGAAAAUUAAAGAAAUAG